AUGCCGCGCCAACAAAUUAAUCUCGAGCCCUACCGGGACGAGAUUAUCGCUCUCUUUCAACACGGUAUCAGUAGCGACUCCAUCAGCCGCACCCUUGAGAGUCGAUAUAAUAUUCAAGUCAAGGAGCGGACAAUCCAGUCCCGCCUCCGCAAGUGGGGUAUCCGCAAACGAAGCCGAACAACAACCGCUGAUGAAGCCCUUCAUGCCCGCAUUAAAAUCCUCUUCGUGCAAGAUAGGUUGACCGAUAAGGCCAUGCUAAAGCUCCUGCGCCAAGAUGGCUACGACAUCUCUGAACGGACCCUGCGUCGCCUCCGGUUCCAGCUUGGCCUCCAUGCAAGAGCCUCGCUGGAGCAUGAGCGGGGUCCCCUGAUACAUCUACCGUUGCCUGUAUCCGUCCCAGUCUCGGUCAUCGCGAAAGGGGUGGAAGCUUGA